AGCAGAGCUGCCGUCGUCUGCAUCCAAUAAACGUCACCUGCCUUCGUUUCAACAAACAAAUUGCUAUUUCUGCCAAUAUCUUUGUUAGUACCGGACUACCCCGUCCGUACAACCGGUCCCCAUUCAUCGGCGUUCGUCUCGCUGCCCCUCAGCUCCCGCGCUUGUUCCGUUUGUAGGAUCAGCGGACAUGUUCUACACCUGUGGGCCCAACGAAGCUAUGGUGGUGUCAGGCUUCUGUCGCUCUCCUCCGCUGAUGAUCGCUGGAGGCCGAGUGUUCGUCAUCCCGUGUGUCCAACAGUUACAGAGGAUCUCCCUCAAUACUCUGACGCUGAACGUGAAGAGCGACAAGGUGUACACGCGCCACGGCGUGCCCGUCUCCGUCACGGGCAUCGCGCAGAUGAAGAUCCAGGGUCAGAACAAGCAGAUGUUGGCCGCCGCCUGCCAGAUGUUCAUGGGGAAGUCGGAGGCGGAGAUAGCGCAGAUCGCCUUGGAGACGCUGGAGGGGCACCAGAGGGCCAUCAUCGCCCACCUGACUGUGGAGGAGAUCUACAAAGACCGCAAGAAGUUCUCUGAGCAGGUCUUCAAAGUGGCCUCCUCUGACCUGGUCAACAUGGGCAUCAGCGUGGUCAGCUACACGCUCAAAGACGUGCAUGACGACCAGGAUUACCUGCAUUCUCUGGGGAAAGCUCGUACGGCUCAGGUCCAGAAAGACGCUCGUAUUGGCGAGGCUCUCAACAAGAGGGACGCUGUGAUCAGGGAGGCCCACGCCAUGCAGGAGAAGGUGUCGGCUCAGUACAAGAACGAGAUCGACAUGGCCAAGGCCCAGCGCGACUACGAGCUGAAGAAGGCCGCCUACGACAUCGAAGUCAACACCAAGAAGGCGGAGUCGGAGAUGGCCUACCAGCUGCAGGUGGCCAAGACCAAGCAGCGCAUCGAGGAGGAGAGGAUGCAGGUGCAGGUGGUGGAGCGCAGCCAGCAGAUCACGUUGCAGGAGCAGGAGAUCACUCGCAAGGAGAAGGAGCUGGAGGCCAAAGUGAAGAAGCCCGCCGAGGCCGAGAAGUACCGCCUGGAGAAACUAGCCGAGGCCCAGCGCCUCAAGUUGAUCAUGGAGGCUGAAGCCGAGGCCGAGUCCAUCAAGAUGAAAGGCGAGGCGGAGGCUUUCGCCGUAGAGGCCAAAGGUCGCGCUGAGGCGGAGCAGAUGGCGAAGAAAGCGGAGGCCUUCCAGCAAUAUCAAGAUGGCGCCAUGGUGGACAUGUUGCUGGAGAAGCUACCCCUGAUGGCAGAAGAGAUCAGCAAGCCCCUGUGUGAGGCCAACAAGGUCACCAUGGUAUCCAGCGGAGGCGAGGUGGGCGCCGCCAAGCUCUCCGGAGAGGUCCUGGAUAUCAUGACGCGCCUCCCCGACGCGCUGGAGAAGCUGACCGGGGUCAACAUCGCCCAGGUGAGCCCCCGUACGGGCUGAGGAGGAUGGACUGGUCUCCUGUUCCUGGUUGCCACCACCUGCACGGGUCAUUGAACGCAUCGUCAGCUCCCUCCACGUUUUCUGUUCGCCUUUUUUUUUUGUACCUUUUUUUUUUUGUACCCUGCCCCCCUCCCUUAGCUGCAUUUGUGGCGUGUGUGUACAAUGAUGAUUCUUACCUCAAAUCAUCACAAUCUCCCAGCUCGGUUCUUUGAAUUGUAAAAGGUGAUGCGUUGCGAAUCGCAAAUAACCAAGCUAAAUGUGCCCCCCACCCCCCUCACCUCCAUGUCUGUGUGUUUUUCCACUCUCAUCGUCCUCCUUCCUCCUAUAUACGGUGCGCUCCGCUUUGCUCUCAGACACUAAGUGCAACUUAUAAACAGCUCUCUAAUGCGACUAACCUUGACUACGUACAUGCAGACUUAAACCACUAUUUAAAAAAACAAAAAACAAAAACGGUGCUGCUGCGUUUUCCGACUGUAUGCCAGGGGUGUCCAAUGUGCGGCGCUCUUCUUUCGCUGGAUCCUAAUCAUAUUCUAAAUUGAAUGAUUACUACACUACAACAUAGCUGAGAUGUGGAUGUUUGUUUAGAUAGCUUAGGUUUUAGCAUCUUUCGUGCACAAAAUGUAUCAAUGUUUGGACACCCCUGCUGGGUGUCGUCCACAUGCUUUUCUUCACCUGAUUUUUAUCAUCUAAUGGAAUUCACUGUUCCUCUUUUGCGAAUCUCCAAUCCUUAUUUACGUAUCUUUUUUGUGUGCUGUGUGUGUGUGUGUGUGUGUGCGUGCGUGUGUGUAGAGGGAACACAAUAUUAGCAAUUAAGAGAUGAAUUUUUAUGGGGAAAAAGCAUUCCAGGAGAGUCAGCACCAUUUUAUUUAGAAUCCUAUCAACUUCCGUCAAAUGACUACAAGCUGCAAAAUCAUGUAGACUGGAAAUGUACGUUGUCAGCUCUGAAAAAGUCAUAAAACAUGACAACAAAAUUGUUAUUUUACAUGGAAAAUGUACAAAUCUUAUGAGAAUAAAGUCAUAAUAUUAAGACAAAAAAAUUUACCUUACAGGGAAAACAAAUCCUAAUUUUAUGAGAAUAAAGUCAUAAUAGUAAGAGGAAAGGAAGUGUCAACUUGCAGCAAAAAAAGUCAUAAUAUUUUUGAAACAAAUUUUUAGGAAGUAAAAAUUCUAAAUAUUAACAAAAAAAAUAAAGUGGUGAAAUGACAAAACAAAUAAUUUGCAAAUUUUGGAAGAAUUAUGUUGUAGAAAAUUGAUAUUAAGACAGUAACUUCAUUCAAGAUUAUUAAAAAAUUGUCAUUUUACGAGAAUAAACACAACAUUGUGAGGGAGGAAAAUGUAAUUUUGAGAAGCAUAAAGUAGAAAUAUUAAAGAAAUAAUAAAUUGGGCUAUUACACUACAACACAGAAAGCUGACAAAGCAUAUAAGACUGUACAUGUAUGUUAGCAUUAUGUAGCAUUCCUCCUGCAGGACAUGCAAUAUGCAUACAGUACACUGAUGUAUGCAACCCUGGCUCCAUUUACUUUGUCUUUAUUUAUUGUUGUUAUUUAUUGAAUGUUGCAAAUAAUGUGUUUUGGUUUUAUUUUUGGUACGCUGCCUCACCAAAGUAGGAUGAUAUUUAUUUCCAGAAAGAAGACCGUGGUAUUUGAAGAUAGUGGCGCUGCAUGUUUGCUCACAAUAUACUAAUAUUUUGAAUAAAGGUGUGCUGUUCAUUGCACAU